UGUUUUCUGCUUGGACUUGGAGUCAAGAUUAAAUCCAGUCUUAGCUAGGUCCUGAUCCAUGCAUACAUAAAUCUCAUAGAAAUGACAGCAACAGCGAUAAAAGUCUUAAGAAUAUGCAGCUAUGCACCAUUUAUUCGUCAUCAAGCUGGUAAAAGUUUGGGCCUAACUACCCAGAUGCGAUAUGCGUCUUCUCAUAGCCUGAUAGACUUACCUGAAACUCAUGCACUAUUGAGAAAAACUUGCAGAGAUUUUGCAGAAAAAGAAUUAAUUCCGAUAGCAGGGCAGCUGGAUAGGGAACAUAAAUUUCCUGCAGAACAAAUAAAAAAAUUAGGACAGCUCGGUUUGUUGUGUGUUGAUGUUCCAGAAUCUGAAGGAGGAACUGGUUUAGAUUACCUGGCAUAUGCUAUUGCUAUUGAAGAAAUCAGUCGAGGAUGUGCUUCAACUGGAGUCAUACUUAGUGUGAAUAAUAGUCUUUAUCUUGGUCCCAUCCUAAAAAAUGCCACCCCAGAACAGAAAGAAAAAUUCAUGAAACCAUUUUUGCAUGGAGACAGAAUUGGAUGCUUUGCAUUGAGUGAACCAGGUAAUGGGAGUGAUGCAGGGGCAGCCUCUACAACAGCUCAGUUACAGGGAGAGAAGUGGGUCCUCAAUGGAACUAAAGCUUGGAUUACUAAUGGAUACGAAGCAGAUGCAGCAGUGGUAUUUGCUACAACAGAUAAGAAGAUGAAACACAAGGGCAUCAGUGCUUUUCUUGUGGAUAAGUCCACCCCUGGUCUGUCAUUAGGAAAGAAAGAAGACAAACUGGGCAUCAGGGCGUCCUCGACGUGUUACCUAAUAUUUGAAGAUUGCAGCAUUCCAGCUGAGAAUAUACUUGGCAAGCCUGGAAUGGGAUUUAAGAUUGCCAUGCAAACUUUAGAUGCAGGAAGGAUCGGAAUAGCUUCACAAGCAUUGGGCAUUGCUCAGGCUUCUCUUGACUGUGCAGUAGACUAUUCAAUGAAGAGACAAUCCUUUGGAAUGCCUAUUGCUAAAAUGCAAACUAUUCAGAACAAAUUAGCUGACAUGGAGGUACGAUUGGAAAGUGCUCGUCUGCUGACAUGGAAGGCGGCCAUGUUAAAAGAUGCUGGGAAAAACUUUACUAAGGAAGCAGCUAUGGCAAAGUUGGCAGCUUCUGAAGCAGCAACCUUCAAUGCACAUUCUGCUAUCCAGAUUCUAGGUGGAAUGGGCUACGUGACUGACAUGCCAGCUGAGCGCCACUACAGAGAUGCUCGUAUCACAGAAAUCUAUGAAGGCACGAGUGAAAUACAACGAAUCGUCAUAGCCACCAAUUUACUUAAAGAACAUGGGUUUUAGUUAAUUUUUUUUCUUUUAAAUUGUUUGUAUGAUUAACAUGAAGUGAAAGGCUACUUGUUUUUGAAAAUAGUUGUAUGACCUCUAUAUGCACAUGCCAUAGCUAAAGGUAAGAAAUGAAGAAACAACUUAAGACUUGUCUAAGCAUAUCUUUUUGAAGUGUUUCUUACAUUGAAGUAGUUUCUUUUUUAUUU